AUGGCGCCAAUGCGAUUACUCUGGCCAUACUUAUUCCUUUUCUCCUCGCUCACCAUGGCGGUAAACCUGACGGCGAAGCGACACCUGCGAUGUAUUAUGUACUUUACGGGCCAACACCCAGUCGCACCUCCGAUAGACCAGCUUCAUCAUGUGACUCACGUCGCCGUGGCCUUCAUGAGUCCGGGUAUAUUCAACGAGCACGGAAGAACUGACUGGCCGUUGUUCACCACCGUUGAUGAUGUCCGGGCCAAGUUCCCCGAGCAUACCAAAGUGCAGGUGGCCAUUGGUGGCUGGGGCGACACAGAUGGCUUCUCUACUGCCGCAUUGAACGAUGAAACUCGUAAGACGUUUGCCGAAAACGUAGCUAAAAUGGUCACGGCGACGGGGGCUGAUGGCAUCGAUGUUGAUUGGGAAUACCCUGGCGGUAACGGCGAAGACUACAAGCAGGUGCCCAACUCGGCCAAAGCCUGGGAGAUCGACGCCUACCCGCUCCUGCUCGCAGAGCUCCGUGCCGCUCUCGGCCCAAACAAACUCAUAUCAGCUGCCGUGCCCGGCCUGACGCGGGACAUGCUCGCCUUCACCCGCGAGACGGUGCCCCAGAUCAUGCGCCACCUGGAUUUCUUGAACGUCAUGACUUACGAUCUCAUGAACCGCCGCGACACCGUGACCAAGCAUCACACGGGCGUCACCCUAAGCCUCGAGGCCAUCGACGCCUACAUCUCCGCCGGCGCCACACCCCAGAAGCUCAACUUGGGCUUCGCCUUCUACACCAAGUACUUUAAGACGGAGCACGACGCUUGCACGGGCCCAUCGCCGGUGGGUUGCCCGACCCUGCAGCUCGAGAACCCAGAGACCGGGGCAGAUCUCGGCCGCAGCGGUGGCUUCUCGUGGCAUGAUACGGUGCCCGAGGAGGUGGCCGAGUCGUUUGCCAGAGCGCGCGAGCACGGUGUGUAUGACGACCAGCAGGGCGGGUUUUAUUACUGGGAUGCUAAGGACGACCUCUGGUGGACGUUUGAUAACCCGGAUGCCAUCAAGCGCAAGUUCCCGCUGAUCAUGGCCAAGAGGCGGUUGGGAGGUGUGUUUGCGUGGGGGUUGGGUGAGGAUGCACCCUCGUUCGAUCACUUCACGGCACUUAGUGAAGGGUUGAGCGGGCACUUGAAGGGGAGGGACGAGUUGUGA